AUGCUUAUCGUAAAUGAUUGGUGGGAAACCAAAAGAAAAGAGGUCAAAAAGUUGGUAGGAGAAAAAUUUAAGCACACUACUCCUAUGCAAACUACGGAUAUUGAAAAAAUUGUCCUUAAUAGUGGUGUCAGUCAAGCGGUCAACGACAAAAAAACAUUGGAAACUACCGAAAAAGCCCUUAUGCUAAUUGCAUACGGCCAAAAACCGGUUAUUACUUAUGCUCGUAAAUCGAUUACCGGGUUCAAACUACGAGAAGGGAUGCCGAUUGGUUGUAAAGUAACAUUAAGAAAAAAAAGGGCUUGGAACUUUCUUUUUGGAUUAAUUAAACUCGAAGCACCUGAAAUUACUAACUUUCAAGGCUUUUCUGAAGAAAAAUUUGAUCAAGACGGAAAUUAUAAUUUGGGGAUAAAUGAUUUAAACAUUUUUUUCAGAGUUCCUUAUAAUUUAACUUUCAAAAAUCAAGGGGUCCAAAUUACCAUUGUCUUUAAAUCUAAUUCUCGUGAGGAAAAUAAUUAUUUUUUACAUUUAUUAGGCUUUCCUUUUAAGAAAAAAAAUUAA